AGUAGCAACCUGUUCUGUUCUGUACUAUGUGCUCAGCUCACAGUAUUUAUUCAAAUGAAACACAUUUCACAAUAAAAAUGAGUCCGAAACGGCAAUAUGCUGGCUGAGGGAUUCAUUUUGCCGUCAGCAAUCUGAAUAAAAUGUCGACUAACGCAAAUGUUUCCAUCGAUACACAGCCAAUACUCUAUUCGUAUUGGCGCAGCUCGUGCUCCUGGCGCGUUCGAAUUGCGAUGAAUCUGAAGGAGAUACCCUACGACAUCAAGCCCAUCAGUCUGAUCAAGUCGGGCGGCGAGCAGCACUGCAAUGAGUACCGUGAGGUUAAUCCUAUGGAACAGGUGCCGGCACUGCAAAUUGAUGGACAUACAUUGAUCGAGUCGGUGGCCAUUAUGCACUAUCUGGAGGAGACACGCCCCCAGCGUCCACUGCUGCCACAAGAUGUGCACAAGCGGGCAAAAGUGCGUGAAAUAAUUGAGAUAAUUUGCUCGGGCAUUCAGCCACUGCAAAACCUGAUCGUCCUCAUCCAUGUGGGGGAGGAAAAGAAGAAGGAAUGGGCCCAGCAUUGGAUAACACGUGGUUUUCGUGCCGUGGAGAAGGCACUCUCCACCUCGGCUGGCAAAUACUGUGUGGGCGAUGAAAUCUCAAUGGCUGAUUGCUGCCUUGUGCCGCAGGUUUUCAAUGCCAGAAGAUUCCAUGUGGACUUGCGCCCAUAUCCCAUCAUAUUGCGCAUUGAUCGCGAACUGGAGAGCAACCCAGCAUUCCGUGCUGCUCAUCCCUCCAAUCAGCCGGACUGUCCACCGGAGCUGCCCAACAAAUAGAAUUUUCCGACGACAACUGCAAAGCGCCGUAAAACAAAAAAGUGAAUUGCAGUUCGUAAAAAGAAAACAUUAAGAAAAUUCAAUCGUGAGGAGACAACAAAUUAUUUGGAGCUGAAGCGCUAGCUGAAGAGGCGGAAAUUCCAUUGAUAGAUACAGUCGGAUGUGAUUUAAAAAAUUGCUAACAGCAUUUAACUAUGCAUAAAUGCAUAAAAAUACUAUCGAUAAAAAAUAAAAUUUUGAGUGGCAUGCAAAGUAACAAUAUAAAUUAUUAUCAAGAAAAUAUUAUCAUUUC